CUUCCAUCGUUUUUGUGUUUUGAGAACAAUGGCAAACAGGCAGUUGUUGAUGUCGUUCGCGCGAUGCAUUCCCGAACUGUCGUCUGCGCGUUACAAAGGACAGGCUGGAAAGGUCGCUGUGAUUGGAGGAAGCAAGGAAUACACUGGUGCGCCGUACUUUGCCGGUAUUGCUGCGCUCAAGGCAGGUGCUGACAUUGUCCAUGUCUUCAGCCCAGAAGCAGCUGCAAUGGUCAUCAAAACAUACUCGCCCGAGCUGAUUGUGCAUCCGACACUGACAACUUCCACAGAGCACAAGGAUCUCGAUGCAGCCGUGUCUGCUGUCGGAUCAUGGCUGGAACGCUUGCACGUGGUUGUAGUCGGACCUGGGCUUGGACGGGAUGCCGCAAAUUGGCGCCAGACCGAGGCGUUGAUCGAGCGGGCACGGAAGCUCGACCUGCCUCUCAUUGUCGACGCCGAUGCGCUCCGCUUGGUCGCCGAAAAGCCCGAUCUCGUGAAGGGCUAUCGAAAAGCAACGCUGACUCCCAACCGCAACGAGCUCGACGCCCUCUUUAAGGCUGUGCUCACAGACUACAAACCGCUGCCCGACGAUGCACCCGAGACGUCACACGUCGAGCUGCUGCGCAAACUCUGCAAGGCUCUGGGCCACGUCACCGUGGUUCGCAAGGGAGUCACCGACGUUAUUUCCGACGGAGACACGACCCUGAGUGUCUCGGACGAAGGAAACAAGCGGCGUUGCGGUGGUCAAGGAGAUGUUCUCACAGGCAUCUUGGCCACCUUCACGUACUGGGCCCACCAGCAUGCGUCAAACAGCCAAGGUGACAAGUCGUCCUCCUCAGAGGGUGGUGAUUUGGAGCCAAACCUGCUUGCCGCCAACUUCGCCUGCCGGUAUGCGCGCGCAUGCGGCAAGCUUGCGUUUGAAAAAGCGGGGCGAAGCACCACCGCCGUUGAUGUGAUUGCUGAAAUGAAUCCCGCAUUCGAGGAGCUGUUUGGCCAGGCACUUUCUCAGCUCGUAGACAAGGCCCAAGCUUGAUGUGGUGGGUCAGGGAGGAGGGGGGGGGAGUUUGUGAGUGGGUUGUUUUGCUUGUGCGGAUUUGGAUUUCCCAGCGCCUCGUUUCUUUUCACUCGCUUUCGUCGUUGCUCUUCGGCUUAUUGACAAAUACAUUGUUCAAACAAGCAAAA